AUGGUUGCUCUCAUCCAGGUGGCCGUCUCCUUGGCCCUGCUGGCCGUCGCCGGCGCCGCCCCUGCGCCGCUGGCUGACCGUGCCACGUCGGCGCCACCUAGCAAGGACCCCUUCUACGCCGUCCCGGAUAACGUCGAGUCUGCCGCGCCGGGGACCAUUCUGCAGCAUCGCAGCCCGCCCAACGCGAUUGCCGCGUUUGGGGCCCUGCGGGCCAACCUCCAGGCGUCGCACCAGUUCCUCUACCGGACGACUGACAACCACGGCAACGCCACGGCCACGGUCCUCACCGUGCUGGUCCCGCACAACGCGGACAAGUCCAAGGUGCUCUCGUACCAGGUCGCCGAGGAUGCUUCUUCCAUCGACUGCGCCCCAUCGUACGCCCUGCAGCUGGAGUCGGCCACUGGCCCGCUGCUCGGGACCCUCGUCACGCAGGCCGAACUGCUGCUCAUGGAGGCCGCUCUCGAGCAGGGCUGGGUCGUCAUCGUGCCCGACUUCCUGGGCCCCCAGGGCGCGUACCUGGCCAACGCGCUCGCCGGGCAUGCCGUCCUCGAUGGCAUCCGCGCAGCGCUGAAUUCCGCGGACAUCACGGGUAUUCGCAACCCGACGGUCGCCAUGUGGGGGUACUCGGGCGGCAGCGUUGCCACCAACUGGGCCGCCGAGCUGCACCCGACGUACGCGCCCGAGCUCAAGAUUGCCGGUGCCGCGGUUGGAGGCACGGUGCCCAACAUCACCAACGUCGUCACAACCAUCAACAAGGGCCCGUUUGCCGGUUUCAUCCCCACGGGCGUGCUUGGCCUGUCGGCGCAGUAUCCAGAGCUCAAGACAAUCAUCGAUCAGCAUCUCAAGCCCCAGUACGUGGAAAAAUUCCACAAGCCGCUCAAGCAGUGCCUCGUCGCCGACGCUGCUGAGUUCCUGUUUGCCGAUGUCGUCGGUAUGUUUGACGACCGCUCGCUCAUCUACACGAACCCGACAGCGGUGCGUGUGCUGCGCGAGAACGCGCUCGGCAAGGCGACCCCUAAAAUCCCCUUCUUCUGGUACAAAUCGGUGCUGGACGAGGUCAGCCCCAUUGGGGACACGGACGCCCUGGUGAGCAAGUACUGCGCGGCGGGCGUGUCGAUCGAGUACGUCAGGGACAUUGUCUCUGAGCACGGCAGCUAUGCUGUCAUUGGCGCGCCCAAGGCCCUGUCGUGGCUCAAGGACAUCAUGGAGGGCCAGGCGCCACGCAAGGGCUGCUCCAAGAAGACGACGCUGUCGACGCUGCUCGACCCGGCGACUUUUGAGAUCCUGCCCAAGUUCCUGAUUGACGCGCUGCUGGAUCUGCUGGGCAAGCCGGUGGGGCCCAUCCUGUUCGGAUAG